CUUGCUGGCUAUUGUCAAUACUUUUACUGCUCCCCAACUUCAGCUAAAAGAAAAAACCUAUAAAAGGCGCCAUUAUUAUCACUCAAGAUAAACGAAAGCACAAAAAAGAAAAAGAAUAUAUUAUCAGAAUACUGUAGCUAAACAACAGCAAGAAGAAGAUGAUGAAAUGAGCGGUGGCGUGCAGUGCUAUUCUCCGGUAGCUUGAAGUCUUGAUUUUGUUGUACAAAGCGCCCAAGCAACAAACGUUACCAGAACAAAGGGAGAUAAGAAAAGUAGGAAAAGGGCAUCAACACAAAAACAAAAGCAAAAGAUUUCUUACAAGCAAGAAGCUAAGUUUUCUUCUUCUUUUUAUUUAAAAAAAAAGAAGGGGGGAAGUUUACGUGUGUUAUUGUGUUGUUGUAAUUUUUCACAAUGAGGGGAAGAACAGAGAUUCUCGCGUUAUUUGUUUUUUGUUUGCUUACUGCAACGACGACGUUUGCAUCCACCGUCACGUACGAUAGCCGAGCGAUUGUCAUCGACGGGAAACGCCGCGUUUUGGUAUCCGGCUCCAUUCACUACCCUCGCAGCACCCCUGAUAUGUGGCCAGACCUUAUUCAAAAAUCCAAAGAUGGAGGAUUAGAUAUGAUCGAAACUUACGUUUUCUGGAAUCUACACGAACCAGUUAGAAACCAGUAUAAUUUCGAAGGAAGAAUCGAUUUGGUUAAAUUUGUAAAGUUAGUUGCAGCAGCUGGUCUUUAUGUUCAUCUUCGCAUCGGACCAUAUGUUUGUGCUGAAUGGAACUAUGGUGGAUUUCCUCUUUGGUUACAUUUUAUACCCGGGAUCAAGUUCCGAACUGAUAACGAACCAUUCAAGUCAGAAAUGCAGAGGUUUACGGCUAAAAUUGUGAACAUGAUGAAGCAAGAGAAAUUGUAUGCAUCACAAGGAGGACCCAUUAUCUUGUCACAGAUUGAAAAUGAAUAUGGAAACAUUGAUUCAGCAUAUGGGGCAGCUGCAAAAUCGUAUAUUAAAUGGGCAGCUGAUAUGGCUGUUUCAUUGGAUACUGGAGUUCCAUGGGUCAUGUGCCAGCAAUCUAAUGCUCCUGAUCCCAUUAUUAACACUUGCAAUGGAUAUUACUGUGAUCAAUUCACCCCAAAUUCUAAUAAGAAACCGAAAAUGUGGACUGAGAAUUGGUCUGGAUGGUUCCUUUCAUUUGGUGGUGCCGUUCCCUACAGACCUGUAGAGGACCAAGCAUUUGCGGUUGCACGGUUUUAUCAAAGAGGUGGAACUUUCCAAAACUAUUAUAUGUACCAUGGUGGAACAAACUUUGGCAGGACUACAGGUGGACCCUUCAUUGCUACUAGUUAUGAUUAUGAUGCUCCAAUUGAUGAGUAUGGACUUGUUAGACAACCUAAGUGGGGUCACCUAAGAGAUGUUCAUAAGGCUAUAAAGCUUUGUGAAGAAGCGCUGAUAGCCACUGAUCCUACGAUUUCCUCCUUGGGUCCAAACUUGGAGGCUGCUGUAUAUAAAACAGGAUCAGUAUGUUCUGCUUUUCUUGCCAAUGUGGACAUCAAAUCUGAUGCAACUGUUAAAUUUAAUGGCAAUUCUUACCUUUUGCCUGCAUGGUCUGUCAGCAUCUUACCCGACUGCAAGAAUGUAGUUCUGAAUACUGCCAAGAUUAACUCUCAGACUGUGAUUCCUAGCUUCAUGCAUGAAUCUCUGAAUACCAAUGUCGACUCAACUGACUCAAUCGGGUCAGGGUGGAGUUGGUUAAACGAACCCGUGGGCAUCUCAAAGGCCGGUGCAUUUAAUAAACUUGGAUUGUUAGAGCAAAUCAACACUACUGCUGAUAAAAGUGACUACUUGUGGUAUUCAUUAAGCAUGGAUAUCAAGGGAGAGGAGCCUUUCCUUCAAGAUGGAUCUCAAACCGUUCUCCAUGUUGAAUCACUUGGGCAUUCUCUUCACGCUUUUAUAAAUGGGAAACUUGCAGGGAGCGGAACUGGUAAUAGUGGUAAUGCUAAGGUUAAAGUGGAUAUCCCCAUCACAGUUGUAGCUGGGAAGAACACAAUCGAUCUGCUGAGUUUGACUGUAGGACUACAGAACUAUGGGGCCUUUUUUGACCUAUCGGGGGCAGGGGUCACUGGUCCGGUGAAAUUAAAUGGUUUAAACAAUGGUAGCAGCAUUGAUCUCUCCUCACAGCAGUGGACAUAUCAGGUCGGACUUAAAGGAGAAGACUCAGGUCUACCAAGUGGAAGUUCAUCGGAAUGGAUCUCACAAUCCGGCUUGCCUAAGAAUCAACCCCUAAUAUGGUACAAGACAAAUUUUGAUGCCCCAACUGGGAAGGCUCCAAUUGCAUUAGACUUCACUGGGAUGGGAAAGGGUGAAGCAUGGGUGAACGGUCAGAGCAUUGGACGAUAUUGGCCGACCUAUAUCACUCCAAGUGGUGGCUGUACCGACUCUUGUAAUUAUAGAGGACCUUACAAUGCAAACAAAUGCCGCAAGAAUUGUGGGAAGCCAUCUCAGAAAUUGUACCAUGUACCCCGUUCAUGGUUACAAUCGAGUGGUAACAUUCUUGUAUUGUUUGAGGAAAUUGGUGGGGAUCCGACACAGCUUGCUUUUGCAACAAGACAGACUGGAAGUUUGUGCUCACAUGUAUCUGAAUCGCACCCAUUACCUGUAGAUAUGUGGAGUUUGGAUUCAGAAACAAGAAAGGCUUCAAACUCUACUCUAUCUCUCAGUUGCCCAUCUCCGAAUCAGGUUAUUUCUUCAAUCAAAUUUGCAAGCUAUGGAACUCCCCUUGGCACUUGCGGCAGUUUUAGCCAUGGCAGGUGUAGCAGCAGUAAAGCACGUUCCAUCGUACACAAGGCUUGCAUUGGAUCGACAAGUUGCAGUAUCGGUGUAUCAACUAGCACCUUUGGUGACCCUUGCAAGGGAGUAAAGAAAAGCUUAGCGGUAGAAGUUUCUUGUGCAUGAAGAAAUGUCAAUAAGCAUGCAUUAUUGGAAGCGAGCGGAGCAUUGUACCCAAGUAAGUGUUCAAACCAAAUAAGCUUUUCGGCAAAGGAUUCUUCUCAUUGGGGGAGGGGGGCGCCUCAUACCGGAAAUAUGUUUCGUCCUAGAACUAGAAAAAUAAACAACGUAGUGGCAACUUUAAUGGCACUUAUGCAUAGUAUCUUUUAGCAGAGUACAUGCCUUGUCACAGAAACAAUUUCAUUUAAAGAAAUCAAAGUUGCUUCGGUUUA